AUGGCAAUGAUCUUAGACGCUUUCAUGAAAAGAUACACAAACAAACUCGCAGAUUUUGUAGAGGGUGAGGUGUCAAUCAUUCUCAACGUGAAGGAUGAGCUCCAGAAGCUUCAGAGAAGACUGGAAAGGAUCGGAGGUUUUCUUGAACAUGCAGAGCGGAAGAGGCGUGAAGACCCAAACGUCGGCAAUUGGGUGAGGGAGUUGAAAGAUAUCAUUUGUAUGAAGUUCCGCUAUGAAAUUGGUGACAAAAUUAGAGAUCUUAAUAAGAGGCUGAAAGAGAUUGCAGAGGAUGGAUCAGUAUUGCCUAAACUAGAAAACUCUAACCAAGAUGUCCAAGAGAGCGGAGUGAAUCCUCGUCGGACUUUUCCCAUUGAGGACAGUUCUGAUAUCGUAGGGACACAAAUUGAAGAGGCUACCCAGAGUCUUGUGGAGUCAUUAGUCAAAGAAGAUCAACAAAAACUCUGGAUUUUGGGGAUUGUGGGGAUGGGUGGAAUUGGCAAAACUACUCUUGCUUCUAAUAUAUACCAAGAUGAAAGAAUAAAAGAAAAUUUUCCUAUACGAGUAUGGGUGUGUGUUUCCAAUAAUUUUUCAGAGACAAAUUUGCUGAAAGAGAUAAUUAGAAGCGCAGGUGGAAAUUAUGGGCAGGCUGAGACGAAGGCAGAACUCAUACCCUACCUUUCCUCUGUCCUUUCAAGAAAGUUCGUUAUUGUAUUAGAUGAUAUAUGGGAAGCAAAAGUAUGGGAGGAUCUGCUCAGAUAUCCUUUGAAAAGUGCAAUGGCUAGUGGUAGGAUUGUGAUCACCACUCAAGACAUGAAUGUGGCUAACAAUAUGAGCGCACUUGUCCACCAUGUUGACAAAAUGGGUAGUGAUGAAGGUUGGGCAUUGUUCUGCAAGAAAGUCUUUAGAGAUGACGAGAAGGAAGAGAUCAUUAUAUUAAAAGAAAUUGGGACGAACAUUGUUGACAAAUGUGAUGGUCUUCCUCUUGCAAUCAAGACCAUUGCAGGAGUUUUAAGGUCGAAGGAGAGAAGCAGCAUAGCAUGGAAUAAC